GCAGCAGGAGAGUGAUAGGGUGCUUUUAAAGUUCUCUCAGUUUGGCAGAGUCAGAGAGGUGGCAGGCCACCAUUAGGUGUGGAGGUGGGUCUUUAGGUUUGAACCUUACUUUCUUAGAGAAGAGCGCAGAGCGAGGGUUUGUAUUGGUGUUGUUAGAAGAAGACUGAUCUUGAGGAACCGGUUGGACUUGAGGUUGGACAACAAUGGAACUUCCUGAAGAAGGUUUCUAGGAUCUGGUUUGUGAGAAGGCUGGAAACAGGCAGGUGAAUCAUGGCUAAGAUUGUAAAGGAAGAAGAUUUUGGAAGGAAGGAAAGUGAUGAAAGUAAGACGGAGACGCUGCACAUGGCUGAGGACCUGAAUGAUUUUGCGGAACUUUAUGAUGUGGAACAGGAACAGAUUCAGAAGAGAACCUUCACUAACUGGGUGAAUGCCCAGCUCUCAAAGCGGAGGCCUCCGGUGACCGUGCUGGACCUGUUCAACGAUUUCAGAGAUGGAUCCAGACUGCUGGACCUGCUGGAGGUCAUGUGUGGACAAAGGAUGAGUCGGGAGAAAGGCAAAGGGAUGUUCCAGCACAGAGCACACAUAGAGAGCCUGGCCUUCCUCAAGAGGAAAUCUAUCAAGCUGGUCAACAUCAACGUUCCUGACAUCAUGGAUGGCAAACCCUCCAUCAUCCUGGGACUGAUAUGGACCAUCAUCAUGCACUUCCAUAUAGAAGAGCUGGCAAGCACGUUGUCCUUCAGUUCUCGGCAGUCCUCUCUGGAGUCACUGGCCAGUCUGGACACUCGUUCGACCAGCAGCAGUGCCCGCAGCAGCCCGGUGCCACCCCGCGGCUCACCGCUACACACACGCUUCCGCAUCUCUGCCAAGAAAGCUCUGCUGCUGUGGGUCAGAGAGCAAUGCCACAAGGCUGGCUGUACGCUGAAUGUGAAGGACUUUAAGGCCAGUUGGAGGAGUGGUGUGAUCUUCUUGGCCAUCCUCUACGCUCUGAGGCCGGACCUGGUUGACCUGUCCAAAGCCAGAAGCAGAACCAACAGGCAGAACCUGGAGGAGGCGUUCCGCAUUGCUGAGAGAGAACUGCACAUCCCACGAUUACUGGACCCAGCAGAUGUUGAUGUUAGAGACCCUGAUGAGAAGUCCAUCAUGACCUACGUGGCUCAGUUCCUUCAGUACUCCAAAGACGCGCCUGCUGAUGAGGAGAUGCAGGGUCAGUAUCUCUCUCCCCCUGAGAGCCUCUCUCCUGUCAACCUUCCCACCAACUUCACCCCCGCUAUCGCUGCCUCUCCACUCCGACAGACCUCAACCAAUCAGAAGGCUCAGGAAGUGACUUGCUGGCUAGAGCAGGCCUAUCAGGAGCUGCUGGAGGGGUGGGACUCCACCGAGGGUGAAAGCUACUCUGAGAGAUACCAUGUGUUCCACACGUUCAUCGUGUCCUUCAAUGAGCAGCGCCGGCCGGUGAUGCCACUGCUAACGGCGAUGAAGCGGACGCCUCGCCUGAGUGAGGAGCAGAAAGCCCUCCGGCAUGCCUGGGAUUCCCUCGCAGAAAAGCUGCGUGAGUAUAAGACUGCACUGGACCUGAGUUUGCCUGCACCGCUGGACACUGUGGGCCGCUGGUUACUGAGGGUGGAAGAGGCUUUAGCAGACGGAGAGGACGAUCCUCAGGACCACGGCCGCGCCGCCCAGGAGGCACGAGAGAAACAAGAGCUGCUCAAGGUGUGUCUUGAGGAAAUGCUCCACCACAUGAAGACGUUCCAGAAUUUCCAGAACAUGGAUGAAUACGGAGAGAUGCUGGUUCCUACAGAUAAACUGGAGGAGAUGAAGCGAAGGUUCACUAGUGUGCGUGUGAGCGCUAAGUACCACGGCAUUAAGCUGGAGUAUCAGGAGCACAGACACACGGUGUUAGACCUGCUGGCUCAGCUCAAAAUCAAGCUACGUGCCUGGAAAAGAGCCUACAUUUCCCAGGAGGCUGUGCGAGUUCUCAUUCAGGACUGGAAUGAGACUGUGAAUAAGCAGGAGCUGCCUUCUAUGCUGGAAGGAGCUCUCUAUAAACUAAAGCACGUUGCCAGCAAAUACACUAGCAAGUCCGCUCUGGCGGGGGACUCUAGCCAUGUGAGUAAAGAGGUGAAGACUUUGGAGACGGAGACUGCAGCGACACUCCAGGAUGUGAAGAUGGUGAAGGGUAUUAUGGGACGCGUGCUGGCGGCCUGGGACUCCUACUGCGACUCUUACAGUUCUCUACAUGCCUGGCUGGAGCAGGGAACUCAAAGUAACCGACACGGACAGCGAGCUGAAGUAACGGCAGAGAUGAUGGCAGAGUGGAGCUCUCGCCAGGCUCAUCUAAACGACAUCGGGAACUACCUGACUGAGAUCACUGAUCCGCAAACGAGCCGUUCACUUUCCGACGAGCUCUGCAGGAUUAACCUGCUCUGGGCCGACUUUGCUAGAAGAACGCAGUUUGAUCUUGUUGAGGAGUCCAGAGUUCGUCCUGCAAGUCCCCAGACUCUGCAGUGUUUGGUCAGAGAGGCUAACCAGCUACUGAAGGAGCCAGUGGAGGUCUUAUCAGGGUCACUCCGCACUUACAGGAAGAGACUGCAGUUCAUGAUGAAGAAAAUACAGGAUGUUGACCUGGAUUCCCUCACUCCUUCACCCGAGUGCUUGGCCGAAACUUUGAGCAAACUCAAACAGGCCGUUCCAGAGGUGCUGCAGACACUCUGUGAGGCCAUGCAGGUCUGUGAAGAGUUGCAGCAGAGUGUUUGUGGCCUGGAUGGGCGUCUAGCUGAACUUUUGCAUUGGGAGGCUGAAGCCAGAGAGUUUUAUCAGCUCUUAAAGGAAAGAGCACACAAACAUCAGAGAGGGCAGGAUGCAAGGACCCGAUUGCUGAUAUCUCGAGGACUGCAGCUGGAAGGCCAGGUGGUGAUGGAGGAACAGGAUCUGCAAGUGAUGGUGAUGUCAGGGCAGAAGAACUCACCACUGCAGUACCUCAUUGCUUCCACCAUGCAGGACAGAGUCCGUGCUACUGUUGCACAGUCACAGGAAGCUGUGGGGUUGCUAAGUUCCUUGGGAGCUCGUAGAGACAGAAGUCCUACAGGCCGUCAGCCUCCACAAAAGAUCUUUGUGCAGGAGAGAGAGUGUGAGACUGAAAGCCACAAGCACCAAACAAGCAGCACAACCCAGUCUAUCUCUGCAUCUGAAGAUGCAGACCAAACAGACUUUCAGCCACCGGUCAAGCAUUCGUCUCUGCAACCAUCCCAGCAUAGUGCCCAAGUUGCUAUACCUAAAACUCAACCUGAAGUUCAGCCUGUGCCUAUGAUCGUCGUUCAAGAGUACCAAGAGGAGAAGAAGAGUCCUCCUCUGCAAACAUACCUGGAAGCCCAAGCAGUAACACAAACACAAUUAAGGAAAGAGCCAAGGGAAGGACCCCAACAUAUUUUGACAUCUAAGGGCCAUGAACAGGCACAAGAUUUUGCUAAAGUCAAGCCACAGGCAGUGACCAAAGAGCAGGCAAAAGCUGAGACACAAGAUGAACUUAGGAAGCAAGAACAAGGUGACGCUACUGAAACUGUUAAGACUCAUAAACUACAUUUGAAUUCAAACCAAAACACACAGCAAGCUCAGAUUUCCAGCCAGCAGCAAAUGCUUGCAUGCCAACAGAUACCAACACAGCCACAAGUGAAUACACAACAACAGAAUCAGCAGUCAAUAACUGUCCUGAAACAACUGGACAUUCACCAACAGACUCAAACUCAACAGCAGCAGAUGCAAGUACAGCAACAGGACACCCAGCAACCAAUUAAAGUAAGGAAGUCUCAGGCACGUUCAGAGCAUAGACCUUGGCUUCAACAGAAGGGCCAAGCAGAGGUUUUGACAACUGCUCGACCAAAGGACAAAAGUAAAGCGAGUUCUGAAGUACAUUUAAAGACCACAGUUGCUGUCACUGUGGCACCUACACCUGACCCAAUUGAAGGUCAAGUCAAGAGGGUUACUCAAACACAAACUAAAUUGAGCAAACAGCCUGAGACCCAACCCAAAUUGAGUAAAAUCGAUCAACAGCAUGCUGUGAAACAAGCCAAAGUGAGUCAAGUCCAGCAACAACAACCUGUGAGACAAAAUGAACUGAGUCAGGUCCGGCAACAGCAAUCUGUGACACAAGCCAAAGUGAGUGAAAUCCAGCAGCAACAACCUGGGACACAAGCCAAAGUGAGUGAAGUCCAGCAACAGCAAUCUGUGACACAAGCCAAAGUUGGCCAAGUGCAACAACAGCAACCUCUAGCCCAAAUGCUACCAAAAGCACAACCGCAAGCUGUGACAUCAACAGAGCCACUAAGGCAACCGCAAACUUUAAUGUCAGGUCCAGCAGAAGUGAUUACCCAACAGCAUCCUCCACCACAGGCUACUGCGUUUAUGACCCAAAGGAGAUCAGAGAUACAAACUAUGAAGCAAGUACAACCACAAGCCAUGUCACCGGUUCAUCCUCAAGUCAUGCCUCAAAGGCAACCACCAACAAUGAUUCAAGCACACCCCCAAGUUAUGUCUCAGACUCAGCAACAUCUAAUGGAAAUGGAAGAAGCACAACAAACUGAGAGACUUCCCCCAGUACCCAUCCAGCCUCAAGUAAUGUCCCAAAGUCAACCACAUCCUGCUGUACAUUAUGCCCAGACACAAACUGCACAGCCAAGAGGGAGAGCCCCAAUCCAACCACGAAUCAUCACCAUGCCUCCAAGUCAGCCACAGAUCCAUGUUCCUCCGCAGUCCCAAAUCAUGGGCAUGGAUCAGACUCAAGCCAAAGUUCAGGUUAAGCCACAAAGUAUAGUACAACCACAGGUGCAACCCCAAGUCCAGCACCCUGAGUGGCGUCCAAUGGCAAAUGAGGGCUAUUAUGAGGUCCAGAGCCAGGGACUAAUGCAAGCCCAGAUAUACCCACAGAGCCAUCCACAAACUCAAGGUGUCACACAAAUGCAAGCACAUUCUCAGCAAUGGACAUCACUGGGAAGAGGUUUAGCAACCCAGACUUUCUCCAGGGUCCAAGGUUCAGGUCAAGUGCAAGUCCAGCCUCAUCCUCAAUCUCACAUUUACCCAAUGCAAACUCAGCAGUGGGGUACUAUGAGAUCUGAACCAAUGGCACCAACUUAUGCACAAAUGAGACCUCAGAGCCAAGUCCAACCAAUGGCUCCACCACAACACUGGAGACCUAUUAGACCUGAAGUGAUCAGCCAUAGUUUCCAAAGUGUUCAAACGCAAGACCCAAGAUCCAUAUCUCCAUACUCGCAUGCUCAACCUCAGGCAUAUACAAGACCGCAAAGCCCUCCUCAGCACUGGAGGCCUAUCCAAGAGCCACAAUCCCAAGUCCGUUCUCAGAAAAUGGUUCCAAAAGUCUCCCAACCAGUGGCUCACCAACAAUCUGUCCAGCCACCAUCUCAAGCCCCAGUAAGAUCCCAAGGUCCAUCUCCACAGCAGCUCCAAGCACAACAGCAACAGCUAGCACAAAACAGAGUUGAGGCUCCAUCUGCUGUUCAAGUUCAAAUUCAAGUUGAAAGCCAAACACCCCAGACACAGCCUCAAGUCCAGGUUUCACAGAAACCACAGUCUCCAGUGCAGGAGCAGGCCCAGCAACAGUCAACUCCUCGUGUCAAACCUCCAGCCCUGGCCCAGGCACCUCCUCAGGCCUAUACAGAGGCUUACUCUAAAGCACAGGCUCUGGCUAGGAAUAGGUUUGAGGAGGCGAAGCAUUGCCUGCAAGAACAUAUUCUAGAAGCGAUCAACAUAUUCAAGGAGAAGAGGAUAACCGAGGAGCACAAAUUGGUAAAAGAAGAAACUCUAAAGGUCCUGGACUCUGAGCUGCUGGAGGAGUUCCUGAGGGCUGCCGAAAGAAUGGAAGCCUUCUGCACCCCGUCUCAGUUCCGAGACAUGGAGUUCUUUGCCCAGUCGGUCAGGACACAGUGGGAGACUGUUCGCAAUGAAAUCUCAGCAUUUGUGGCACAGCUCAGAUUUCAGACAAAGCGUCUGCACUUUAACCAGAUUGUGCAGCAGUGUGAGAUGCACUUUAACAACAAGAAAGUCAACUUCAAAUCUGACUCCAGAUCAGUGCAAACUAGAGAGGCCUGUUUUUCUACUGAUGGCAGUUUAGUCCAGGCUGGGCAGCAGCUGGAGGCCCUGAAGGAGCUGUGUGACACUUUGAGCCCAGAGGAUGCCCACAGGUUGGCACAGGCUCAGCUCCGCGAGUGUGAGAAAAGACUCGCUGCCAUCCAGCGUCAGUUCAGUGGAGACCGUGACACUCCGCCACCAGACGCAGGUGUGCCUGUAGAACAGACAAAGGAGUCAUCACCACAGAGAAUAUUCACAGCCUCUGUGGAGAAAGCUGCAGAAAUGACCACUCCAGAGGUUACCCCAGUUACGGCACAGCGUCCAAAAUUUGUGGACAAGAAAGAGAUAAUAAAGCAGACAAGCACUGAGGAGGACAGGUAUAGAAGUUCAAGGUUUGCCCUUCAAGCUCAGCUGAAUAGAAAUGAGCAGAGCAUGCUGGGAGGUCGGCCUUCAGAAUCAACCACAGACCUGAGAAAAAGGCUCAGAGAAUUAAAGGCUCUGAGGGAUGAGACAGAGUCUCUGUGGGCGGAGUAUGAGGUGCAAUGCUCCCAGUGUGUCCAGUUCAACGAGCGAGUGGUGGAGCAGGACAGAGCUGAGCUCACAGUCAAGUGGAGAGAACAGAGAGCACACCUGCAGAGCAGGGUGGACUCUCUCGGUUCUGCUCUGCAGCUCAUGGAUUCAAUCGAGCAUCACAUCGCUGAGAUUUCAGAGCGACUGGACAAGUUCAUCAAAGAGCCCAAAGACAUUAAAGGAUACACACUGGUCAACACCAGCGUCCUGAAAGAUGUUAAGGACUUAGAUGAGAGCAUCCAGGCCCAGAUGGAUCGUCUGUCCCGAUUCGACUCAGAGCCCAGCAACCUGGACCUGCGGGACCGCUCCCCUCUGACCCAGGUGGUGAUGACCCACCGCUCCAGCUUGGACCGACUCCGGCAGCAGGUCCGUAAAAGCGAUGCUGCGGCCCGCGCCCUGGACCGCUUCCUCAUGUCCCUGCGCACCGUCGACCAGGACGUUUCAGCUGUGCAGAGCACCCCCUGCAGCGAUGCAGCAGUACUGCAGGACAGCAGGGCUAAGCUGGCGCUGAUCCGGAAGGGUGUGGGGAGCUUGAAGGAUAAAGCGCCACAGCUGGACCAGCUAUUAGGUGGAGCCAGGCUGGAGGUGACCAGGGAAGGGCGACCAGUCUCCUGUCUGGACAUGGUGGGAGCUCUGGUGCGGCGGGCAGAGGACGCGGACGACCGGCUCAUGAUCCGUCAGGAGGACCUGCGAAAGGAGCAGCAGAGCCAGGGGGUCAGGCUGAGGAGAAAGACUCUGCUGGCCGAGCUGAGGAAGGUACAGGGGGCGGCAGAGAAACAGGGGCUGAAGGAGCCCACCAUGCCGGCUGUGCAGCACAGGAUACGUGCCCUGUCAGAUUUGGAGACUCAGAUAAACUCCCUGUGUCCAGAGUACCAGAGCAUCAGGGGAACCGUCACAAAACCCUCCCCGGAUUCAGAGCAGCCUGGGCGGUCAGCGGACGAGCUGGACUCCCUCUGGGAGGAGACGGAGAGAGCUGUGGCUGAAAGACAAGAGCAGUGCCGCACGCUAAUGGAGCUGCUGAAGAAGUUUCAGACCUGCCGUGGUUAUCUGGGCAGCACCCUCCAGAGGGCAGAGCAGACUGUGAGUGAACAGGCCUCAUACAUGAGUAAAGACAGUCUGCAGCGCCUCCUGGCCAAGGUUAGCGGGAUAAAGGACGAUUUGAGCGGCCUGGGUCCGAAGAUGGAGGAGUUUCGGACUGUGUGCAGGCAGCUUCAGUCUCAGCUGAAGAAAAUCCCAGACUGCUCAGAAACUCCGUUUGAAACAGAAGCGGAUGCGCUGGUGGACUCCUGGCUGGACGUUUCAGAGAAGACAGACUCCUACAUGGAUAACCUGCGUGUGGGUUUGGAGCUCUGGGAGAAGCAGCUGAUGCUGGGUGGGGAGCUGGAGGGCUGGGCUGCUGCUAAACUCAACCUACUUGCUGAAUCUCACCCAUUCAGCACUGAGAGGGAGGUCUUCCUGAUGAAGGAUGAGAUCCAGACGCAGGAGGAGAAUAUCGAGCGUUUCCACAGGAAGUCCUUGGAGAUUCAAAGCCUUUUACAGAGCAGAGAGGCUCCACUGGAGCUACAGGUGAUGGAGACCGGUCUCAAGAAGAAGGUGGAGGAGGUGAAAGAAGUGUUUUCCGGCUGUACAGAAGUUUUCCAAGAGCUGCUGACUGUCCGAGAUCACCUGCUUCAGAGGAUUGACGCCUGUCGAUCCGCCAUCCAGAGAAUACAGUCAUCAGUGAGCGCGCUCAGUGCAGAUGAUGCAGCUCAGCUAGAACAGCAUUUACAGGAUCUUUCUGAGCAGUUGUUGGAUCAGGAGGACCAGGCUGACUCUCUGAUGAAGGAAAUCACUCUCAUGUCCAGUGUGACCGGACCUCAAGCCAUAGAGGAACUGACCAGUGACUGCAAGCGUCUAAAAGACAGCAUCACCACAACGCAGGAGCUCAUUGGUCAGAAAAAAGAGCAGGGAGAGAAAAGCAUCCUUGUCCAGUCUAUUAAAGACGAGUGCCAGCUGUUUGAGGACUGGCUCCAGGAUGUGCAGCUCUCCGUGAACGAGUGUUUCGAGAACCCUGAGAGGAGGCAGGACGUGGAGGCCUCCAUGCUGAGACUACAAGGUUUCCUGGCUUCUAAAGAAGGUGAGCAGCGUCUCCUCCAAGUGAAGGAGUCCGUGGAGAGGAGAGGGCAGAUCCCUGUGGAGAUUCAGGCUCAGCUGUGCGUUUGGCAGCAGGAGCAGGAGGGAGAGAUGGCCACUCUCAGAGCUCACUGCCAGGGACGCCACAAACAACUGCAAGACAUCCUGCUCAAACUCAACAGCUUGCAAGAGGAGCACGACCAUCUCCAGGAAUGGUUGGAGCAGAACGAGCAGAUACCAGAGCAAAGAGAAAAGCUCAGACAAGCUCAUGAGGACUUCCUCAAGGAAAGCGGUCGAGUCGAAGCCUUCAGUGAUCUGCUGGCCUCUGUGAGGUUGCGGGGGCUGAGAGCUGACCCUUUGCUUAAAGACAGCGAGUCGCUGGUUGACCGAUACCACAGUCUGGGGAUUCGUCUGGAGAACCAGGCCCAGGUCCAUGAAGCCUUGGAGAAGGAGGUAGAAAGCUUCCAUGCUCAGGAGGACGACAUUAGGAGCUGGAUUAGAGAGUUAAAACAGGGUCUGGACUCAUUAGACAAAGACGCUUCAGUAGAAGAGAAGCUCUACAAGGCUCAGGCUGUUUUGAACCGAUGUGCUGAAGGAGACUCCAAGCUGGCAGCUCUGAACAAAGCGAGAGAGAAUUUAUAUGCUCAUGAAGAGCUGGAGGACAUCAAGCAGCAGGAACUUCUGCAGAACCUCAGAAAUGUAGAAGAUGAAUGGAGAAGACUUGUGGAUUCUGCUCAGCAGCUGAAAUCCCAGGCUGAGCUCCAAAACUCUCUCUUAAGGGAACUAGAAGCCCUCCAAGCGCAGGAGAGGAGUGUCCGAUUCUGGGUGGAAGAGCAGAGGCAAAAGCUGGACUGCCUGGACAAAGACGUUCCACACCAGGAUGCACACAACAAGGUUCAGGAUGUCUUGAACUUGCAACAUGAAGGAAACUCCAAGCUGAUGGCUCUGAGGAACAGAGGAGUGAGCAUCGGCGUUCAUAAGGAACUUGGCAGCGAGAAGAGAUACAGCAUUGAGCAGAACCAGAGACACCUGGAGGAGGAGUGGGAAAAGGUUCUACAGGCUGCACAGGAGCUGAAGAACCAGAUUGAGCAUAAAGAUUUACUGUUCAGGGAGCUCCAAAUCUUCCAAGACCAGAGAGAAGACACUCUGGCUUGGAUUAGACAGCUAAAAGAAAACUUGGAGUCCCUGGAUAAUGCCUGUUCAUUUCAAGAGCGAUUAAACAGAGCUCAGGCUGUUUUAAACCAAGGACCCGAGGGAGACUCUAAGCUUGCUGCUCUGAGGGAGAAAGGUGAGAGUGUGUGCACUUGUGAUGGGCUUGAAGAGGACAUGAGGCAGUCAGUCCAGCAGACCCUGAUAGGAAUUCAGGAAGAGUGGACAGGAGUGCAGGAGUCUGCUCAAAAGCUGAAGAGCCAAGCCGAGCUCCAGGAGGCUCUUGCUAAAGAGCUUCAGGAUUUUAACUCCCAAGCAGAAAGCGUUCGAACCUGGGUCAUGGAGCAGCAGCAGAGGUUCGAAUCGCUGGACAAAGACACUCCUGUAGAAGACAGACUUAAUAUCUCACAGGCCAUCCUGGACUUGCAGCCAGAGGGAGACUCCAAGCUCGCUGCUCUGAAGAUGAAAGGAGAAAGUGUGGGUGUCCACAGCGAGCUGGAGGAGAGCAAGAAGCAUUCAAUCCAGCGGACUCUGGGAGACCUGCAGGAGAAAUGGAGAAUGGUGCUGGAAAUCGCUGAAGAACUUCGAAAGCAGGCUGAGCUCCAGGGUUCUCUCUCAAGAGAGUUUCAAGCCUUCGAGUCCCAGGAACAGAACAUGCAGUCCUGGGUCGAGAAGCUGAAGCAAGACCUAGACUCACUCGGCAAAGGCACACAUGGCACCCAGGAACAGAUUGAGGAGAGACUCAACAGAGCUCAAGCUGUUUUAAGCCUUCGUCCUGAAGGAAACUGUAAGAUGGCGUCCCUAAAGAGGAGAGCAGAGAGUCUGUGUUCUCGCGAAGAUCUGGAUGAAGAUGUUAGAAGCACAGUUCUACGGAAGCUGAGGAGCUUAGAAGAAGAGUGGAAAGGAGUACUGCAGCAUGGUCAAGAGCUACACAGUCUUUUGAGGAGUGUGGUGGAGCGUCUGGUUUCCUGCCAGUGCCAGAGGCAGCAGACUCAGUCUCGUCUGGAGCAGCUGAAGAAGCAGACAGAGGCGCUGCCCCGCUGCUUUCCCUGGCCUGGGUUAGGGGACCGGAGACACGUGGUGGAGCAGGCCAGGGCUCUGCUGGAAAAAACAAGGUCCCUGACCCCCACCCUGUCCGCCCUCAGGGCCCUGGGGCGGGAGAUGAGCCAGCUCACACGUGACCCCAGCUGGUCUGACCCGUCCUGGGUAGCCAUGGAGGAACACAUCCCAGGGUUAAUCAAAGAGCUGACGGAGUUAUGUGAGAGUCUAGAGGAGGGCAUCCACACGGAGAGAAUCUGCGCUCAGCUGGUGGAGCAGCACAGCGCAGCUCAGGAUUGGCUGAGAGAACAGGUCAAAGGUUUCGGAGCCCUGCCCACUGAUCGCCAUGGGUUACAGGGAUCCAUCAACACUUUAAAGGCUCUUCUCCAGACUGCAGAGAGGGAGGAGAGGGAAAUGAAAGAACUGGAUGUGAUCAAAGACUCGCUGAUCAACCUUUGCACACCUGGGGGUCGUGAUGCGUUGACCCUAGAGGUCAGCCAGCUCCAUGACUUGUGUACCUCCUCUGAGAGGGAGAUGAGGGAAAGGCUUGCUGUCUGUGAGUCAAGGUUAGCUGACGUUGAUUUGACGCUAGCUGGCAGGGCCCAAGGCCUGAGAGCGCAGGCAGAGGGCCUCCUGGAUGAGCUCCGUGCUCAGGACCACUGUCUGAAAUUUGGAGAAGGAAACAGGACUAUUAGCCAGCUGCAGGAAAACUGGCAUAACUUCAAGACCUGUGAGAAGGAACUGGAGGAGUUAGAGGGCAAAGUUCGUGACCUUGGACAGGUCCUCCGCAUGGUGCCUUCUGAUGAGGAUCUCCCAUCUGAUGUCAUUGUCCUCAUAGACACAGUGACUCAGAAAUACUGCAGUUUGCGGUCUAAGCUGUUGGAAAGGCAGAAUGACUGUGCUGAUAGUGUGGUACACUGCAUGAGAGAGGCACUACAUGCCCUUCAUACCUGGAACCAAUCAACACAACCUCCUUCAGACUCCGCCUCCACUAUGCAGGCCAUGAUAGAAGAAGGUGCAGGACUCCAUAAGAGCCUACAGGUGGCAGUGUCUCAUAAACAACUGCUCAGGGACUGUCUGGGUCCAGAGCUGGCUGGAAAGCUGGAGAGAGAUAGUGCAGCUGCAUUAAAGGAUGCUGACACUCUCAUUAACACGUUCAAGCAGGCACUGCAGGAUCUUGAAGAGAAGGUAAAACAGGAAGCUCUUAAAUUAUCACUGGAAACUCAAAAGCUUCAGCUGGAUUCACAGGUUUCUACUGAGAGGCACAGCCCCACAGAUACUGCCACAAAAGCUGAGCUUGAUUGGUCAAAGCAACAAGAUAUCACUUCUACUCUAACAACCUUGGACAGUCAAGACAGUAAAGAGAAUGAUAAAAGAUCAGUUCAGUCUUCUGAACCUCUGUACCAAGAGGUUCCUUCAGUUAUUGACGAGACAUUAGGGAAGACAGCAUCUCCUCCUGCAGAACAACAAGAAAUAGUAGUGACGCGUGUUUACCAGGUUGAACUUUUAAAUGAUGAUCUACCAAGUGUACCACUGCCUACUACACCUAAACAAGAAGGAGCCACUAAGACUGACAUUUCUGUAAGCGCCCCUGCAACAGGUGAAGAAGACCAUAAGUGGAGCACUGUGGAAUUGGAGAAGAAGCAGGAUGAAGGGGAAAAGAUACAAUCUGAUUUGUCUGAAGAACUCCAUGACUUUGAGACACCAGUAGAUGAGGGACACAAAGAGUUCCCUGAACUCGAAUGUCCAGAGACUGAGGAAAGUAUGGUCUGUGAUGCUCCUGGGUUAGAGGAAAGAUCUGAAGAGUUGGAGCAAACUGCCAUUUCUGAAACCCUGCACAAAGAGGUUCCCAUAUCAGUUACUGAAGAAGUUUUAAAGUCUCCCAUGUCAGUUAUUGAAGAAAUUUUGGAACCUCCCACUUCAGGAGAGCCACAGGCAACAGGGAUAGACUCUUACCAGAGUGAACCCAAAACUGCUGGUCUGCCAGACUCAACAUCAUCUGUGACAUCAAAUCUAGAAACAAAAGUCUGGGAAUCUGUCAUUUCUGUAAGUGAGUCUACAACAGAUGAAAGAACAAAUGAAAGGAUUGAGAGGGAACAGAAGGGAAUUGAAAAGAUGCAACCUCCCCUGUGUGAAGAAAUCCAUGACUUUGAGACAUUAGAAGAGAAAUCAAUGGAAUUUUUGGAAUCUGAAAGAACAAAAACAGAGGUUGAUGAAGAAAGAGCAGCCAAAGAGAGAGUAGUCUCUGAGUGGACUGAGGUGGAAAAAACAUCUGAAGAAUUAGUGGAGUAUCCACACUCAUCAACUACCCCUACCUCUACAACCAUGGGUCAUCAAGACCAAGAAAACACUGAAAUUCAGAGUCCUGAAAUUCUUCAUAGAGAAAUAGGGUUUACUGAAGAAACUUCAGAAAAGAUUGACUCUCCCAUAGCAGAACAAGUACUGGUAGCAUUAGAAAUGGAUACUCACCAAACCAAGUCUAUGACACUUUUACCAACCACAGUCUUGCCUAUGCCUUUUGAACUGCUAACAGAACUCAAUGAAUCUACCAUUCCUGUUAGUGACACUACAACAAGUGAAGAAGAGAAAUACAACCAGUUCCUUGAAUCUGAAGGUCCAAAAACAGAGAGUGAGGACAGCAUUCUUGGUUUAAGAUCUGCCAUGGAGGUAACAGUGUUGGAGAGGACUGAGAUGGAAUGCACAGCGGAAGAUGAGCUUGGUAAAUAUCCAUGUAUUUCGGAUGCCAAAGAACAUGCAGAGAAAACGCCAAUAAAGAAAGUUGCCACACUUGUUCUUGACACUGACACUGUACACAUCCAUACUACUGAGUCCCUGAGAGAAUCUGACCCUGGUACAGCAAUAAUUGUUUCAGGUGCAACCACUGGCUAUGAUACCCCACUGUCAAAUCCAGUAGAAAGCUUGGAUACAGGAAUUCAAGAAGGGGAGGAAUCACAGGUAGCAAAAGAAGAAGUUUCAAAGGAUAGUAGUAUCUGUCUGGGUGAGCAAGAACAAGUAAGUGCUCUGAAUGUGGUUGCAAGCACUGAGGAAAUCAGUGAUGGAACCUCAGUACCCUUCACAGAAAUAACUGAGACCCAAGAGACUAGACCUCCUGCAAGAGUUGUAGGGAUCUUGACUAGUGACAAUGGACCAAAUGCUGCUCGUCAUGAAAGAGAGGGAAGCUGGACAACAGACAAUGGCCCACAGGAAGCCCGUAGAGUGAUGGAGCCACUUGGUUUGGAGGACUGGACUGAUAACGGCCCUCGAGAGAUUCAACAAAGAUAUAUUAUUCUGGACCAGCGAGAGGGUAUACAGAUACGCCGAGAACCAGCUGCAGAGGCAACCAUGCCAGCCCUGGAUGUUACUGCACAAGAGCCAGGUGAGGCACAUAAAGAGGCAUCUGAACUUGCAGUUCCAGUAAAAGUUGAAAGAGCAUCUGGUGAAGAGUCAUUUGAAAUUGAAGUUAGUGAAAUGAUGGUACUCAAAGCUAAGGAACAAGCUGAGGAACUAGAAGCAACACCAACUCCACCAGCUAGAAGAGAACAAGAUUCUGUCACAAGUGAGAAGUUGUCCUUCAGUACUGAGAACAGGCCAGUGGAGGAACUGCAUAGAACUUGUGUAGAAGUUGACAAGACAAGGGGUUCAUCACCAGGUGACAAACCCACAGCAGUGAAGCCUGAGCCAAAGCCUACCCCACCAACCAGGAGACGGAAGGAAAGUGACAGGUUGUCAGUCAGUUCAGAGGACCAAUCAGAGUUUUCAAAUGUUCUUCCUAUCCAGGUUCCUCAUCCAGAGGUUCUCCCCACUCCACCAAACAGAAGGCGCAAGGACAAAUUAGGAGGUGAAAGGUUGUCACUUGAUCUUGACUCUCAACCAACUCCACCUGCAAGAAGACGAAAAGAGAAGGGAGAGGACAAACGAUUGUCACUUGAUCUGGAGCUCCAUCCAAAGCCACCCUCCAGAAGACAAAAAGAUAAAGCAGAAGACAAAAUCUGCCCCAGUACUGAACUGGAGAAAGCCAGUACAGAAGCUAUUGAGGAGCCUCUUGUAAAACCAACCCCACCAGUGAGACGAAAAGUAAGUCGAGUUGAGAUUGACACCAUUUCCAUUGAUUCCAAAACUGAAGAGAUGGAAGCACUGGUGAAGCCCACACCUCCAGCAAGAAGGAGACUUAGCAGAAAUCUGAGUGACACAAUAUCUAAAGAAAGUGCAGGCAGCACUGAUCUGGAGAAGAUGAUUUCACCACAGAGAGCUGUGGAGGAGUCUCUAGUGAAGCCAACCCCACCAGUGAGACGGAAAGUAAGUCGAGCCGAAAGUGAAAUUUCAGUUUCCAAACUUGAAGAAAUGGAGGAGGCACUGGUGAAACCCACCCCUCCGACAAGAAGAAAAGAUAGCAAAACUGAAAGUGACAAAUUGCAGCUACAAGAGAGUUUGAUUAAACCAACACCACCACUAAGGCGAAAAGAUAGCAGAGCAGAGAGUGAGAAAACAUCAGUAGAACUUGAAGAGACUCUGCCUAAGCCUGCCCCGACCCCACCAAUUAGGCAAAAGAAAGAUAAACCUGAUCUUGAAAUGACUCCAACAUUAGAAGAACCACUGAUCAAACCAAGUCCACCAACCAGAUGCAAAGACAAAACAGAGACCAGCAAACAAGAUGAUGAAGAGAAGACUGAAGAAAAGUCAUUUAGCAGCCAGGAACAUCCUGAGAAAGGACUCUUUCCUGCUGAUGUAGAAUCCGCAGAGACCUUGACUCAGACUGAAAGCAAGAGCUUGGUUCAGACACUAGUACAAGACAUACAUCAGCCAGAUACCCUUGCUCAAGAUACCCCGAUUGCCAGGAGUGAUGAGAUUCAGGCAGAAAUGUCAGAAGAGGAGGAGCCUGUGGGUCCCACAAUGAAAGAUAUCUUCACUGAGGUUAAAAAGAUGUCCAAGACAGGACCAAAUAGCCUGCUAAUUGAGAGCAUGCCUCAUGAAGACAACCUGGAUAUUCUGGACACUUCUGUUGCUGACCUUGAAGAACAGUUGGACAGACUUGUGAUCCGUACAUUGAGUUGUCGUAACCUUCCAGCAGUGAUCAACCCUACAGACAUGGCCAAACAAGUGGAGGAUGCUGAGCAUUGCAGACAGAGUGCUCAGAAGCAGGUUUCUUCAAUCUCAAAGCAAGAUCAAGCUAACGGUGAUGUUAGCGUUGUUGCCAAUGGCUCAGCCUAUGAACCCGAGGCUAUGCAACGAUUGAGCUGCCAGUGGACGGCAGCCUUAUGGGACGCAGUUGGCACUGUGCACGCCAAGGAAGCGCAGUUGCAGCUAGUUAUUGACUAUGAUAGACAGACACAGAAAGUCAAGGCUACUUUUGAGAAAUUGUCAGCCGAACUGGAGGCCUUGAAGAUAUGUCCGGUUGAAAGCAGCUUUGUUGAAGAACAGAGAUUACGCUCCUUCCUCAGGACUAUGGAUCAGGAGAGAACUGUUUUGGGGGAACUAAUUCAGACACAUUCCCAACUAUCACCCUACCUCAGUCUGCCUGAGAGAGCAGCAGCACAGGCCAGAGUGAACAUAACGCAAUGUGAAUGGAGGGUGUUGGAAAGAUCUGUGGAAAAAACCCUGCAUAAUGUCAGUGCCUAUACAAAAGAAAGUUUCAAUCUUUUACAGGAAAUUAAGACCUUAAUGGACCAUCUGGAGAACCUUCAUAAGAUCUUAGGAUCACCUAGGAUGUCCUCUGUUCUUUGGGACAACAAGAGGGCUCAAGAUAUGAUUGAAAUCAGUGCUGACCUCACUGCUGCACAGCAAAGCUAUUUCCACUUCCAAAAAAGGUCUGAUGCUCUUUCUCAAGGAUUUAGCUUCAAGACAGAAACAUGCAGUAUGGAUCAAGGCCUGCAGAGUAUCAAAGAUAAGCUUGAUCUACUGGGUGAGCGGUUGUUGUCUUCAACCCCCAAAAGCAGCAACCCAACCAUGGUUAAAAUUGUCAAAGUGAUAACAGAUGCCCUAGCUUGGGCCAAACAGACAGAGCGUGACAUUGAAGGUAGGAAAAGGAAAGUGUCCCUUCUCCCAGAAGAGGUCCAUCAGCAGAUCAAGGAUUUAAAGAAGCUGCAGUCUGAGAUGAGCUUGAAGCAGACCCAGUUAGAGGCUUUGACUGAAGAAGUAACAGAGCUCAUCCCUGAGCUUGAUGAAGCUGAUGUUCCUAUAGUAACUUCAUUUUUGGAAGAAUUGAAGGGUCUGUCCAAAUCAACAGCGAAGAAACUAGACAAUGCCAUUGAAGAGAUGGAAUCAAGUCUUCAAACUCGGGAGAAGAUUUCAGAGCACAUAGCAGAUGUGGCUUCUUGGAUACUCGGGCACAUCCAGAGAGAGGCUCUGAGAAGAGAGGACUACCAAAGCCUGAGUGCAGCAGAUCUUGACCGAAGAUUAAGGCAGAGUCAGGAUACUCUAGGUGAGGCGGAAAAGCAAUCAGCAGUCACAGAGGCUCUGCUGAUGAAGAGUAAAGACAUUGCCUCGGAGCUUAGUGUCUCAGAGAAUGCCUGGCUAAAUGAGAAGCUCAUCAAGCUUCAAGAGGACAUAAAGGGAGUUAUCAGUUAUGAGAAAGCUUGCAGCCAGGAGAUAACAGAUCUCUUGCAGAACCAAGACUCAUCUCAGAAGAAGGUCAGUUCUUUAGAGAAGAGCCUGAGACAAAUGAUGGUAGAUGUGAAAGAACGUAGAUUCCCCAUUACGAAAGACUCACUGUCUGCUCUUGAGCCAUUCAAACACACGAUUGUAGAGCACAAGUGCCAGGUAGAACAAGUCAGUCCGUGUGCAGAAGACAAAAGAAGAGAGUUGCUUUGCAUGAUCUCUGAGCUGCACCAUAAAAUGAAGGCUUUGAAUGUGAAAGCUCAAAGCCACGAAAGGUUCCUCAGUCUUAGACAACGUGUAGAGGACCUCAAAGAAAAUAUAGAGGUCCAAGUUCCCAAGACCAAAGACGAAAGCAUUGACAAAGAGGAACGCUAUAAAACCUGUCAAGCUCUGCUUACCCAGAUCCUUUUCAUCAAACCUCUGUGCAAGGAAGCAUCAGAUGAGCUUGAGAACAUCUCAGUGGACCUUUACCCAUCUCAGCUAACUGCUGAACAAAAGAGACUCAAACAAAACCUUGAUAGUCUUAACACUUGGGAGAUGGCUAUCCAAAAUAACCUUCAAAUUGUGGAAUGGGAAAUUCUGAAAGACAUACACUAUCCCUCGGAACAAAGAGUAGUGCAAGAUUUUCUCAAAGAGACAAAUCGGGUACUGGAGAAGGCUUGCAGAGUGGAACCUAAGCAGUCAGCCAUUGACCAUGAAUUUAGGAAAUGUCUUAAUCUUAGGAAGAGCAUUGAGGCUAGAAUGCAGGUUCUAGAAGUUUUGGAAAACAAGAAAGGAGUUGGACACAAACGAAGAUCUCAAAAGUCAAAACACCUUGCAGACUUGGCAAAAAUGGCCUUAGACAACUGUGACCAAAGGAUGAACAAUCUAUCAGAGGCAAAGGAGUUGUUGAAAAAAUAUUCCAUGGAGGUCACCAGUACCAUCAGAUUUCUCCAGGAGGCUGAGUCAGUUCUUCUCCCAUCUCUUUGCUCAGCCAGGAGCUGUUCAGAAAGGCUAAAGGACAUCCAACAGGCCCUGUCAACAUUAGACACAGAUUUCCAAUCUCAUGUCACCCAGCUUCAGACUCUUGCCCCCUUCCAUCCAGUGUUGUCCAAACACAAAACAGAGCAUCUUCAUGUUGAAAUUCUAAGUCACCUCUUGGUUCGAGAGUCCACACUCAAGGCCCAGGCCCAGCUCAUGCUAGAAGCCUUACAGAGGUGCGUUGACUGCCAGAGAACCGUACGCAUGUGCUAUGAAGAGUUAUGCGAGAAGGUGAGGGAUUUAGAAACAAUCCUGGGGGAGGUUGUUUGUAAAAAAAUGACAUCUCUGAAGGACUGCACUGACCAGCAGGAAAAACUUAAGACUCUGGUUGAAGAGGUAAACACCCUACCCGGCAGACUGGAAGAGCUGAAGGAGUGGUGUCCAGUGCAGGGUUGCCGUGCCAAUAGGGAGGAUGCGGUGAGCGCCCUCUGGGGGCAAGUGGCCAAACUGCAGAGAUGCGCCAGAGAGCUGCAAACACACUCAGAGCAGAGCGGAGAGGAAUGGAUAGGAAUCACAAAGAGUAUGGAGCAAGCAUCUAUGACACUAGAACAGACAGAGGCUGAGUUACCAGAACUUAACAGAGGGAAAGCUACAGGGGACGAGCUGCAGGAGCUGCUGCAGUUCUGGUUGCAGUACCAGGACAGGCUGGACUGCCAGCACCGAGCCCUGUCUGCACUGGAACUGCGAGCUGCUAGACUACUGGGAGUCCCCUCCCACUUGGAGCAAGCCCCACCCAUUCCACUGUGCCAGCAGCUACAAACCAUGCAAGAGCAAUAUCGCAGCCUGAAGGAGCGGAGUGCUCGGGGUCGUAAGGCAGCACAGGCGGAGAUGGAGGAGAGGGAGAAGGUGCGAGAGGAACUGCAGGGGGUCAGGGAGUGGCUCGUGGCUGCAGUGACUCUACUGUCAGGACUGGAACAUGCACCGAGCACCAAGCAGCUCCAGGAGGUUCACUCGGAGCUGUGUACCCAGAAGGCCGUGCUGCAUCGCAUCAUGGAGGGAUUGAGGAUGAAAUACUCAGACAUGUACACUCUGGUUCCUGUGGAGAUAGAGGGUCCGCUACAGGAAGUCUCUCUCUCACUACAGGAAGUGGAGGAGCAGGUGGAGGAGGCGGUGGAGAAGAGUGGUCCCCUCCACAGGCUGGACGCCAGACUGUCUGAGAUAAGGGCCGGCCUGGAGUCGGUGCAGAUCAGGCUGGAGCAGAAGAGUCCUAACGUUCCAGAGGCGGAGAACACGCAGAAGCGCGUGUGGGACGAGUUGGACGGUUUGCACUCUCGGCUCGCUGGGGUGGAGGUGGAGCUCCAGGAUGUUAGCGAGGAGAAGCCGGAGGAGGCGCAGGCUCUCAUGGAGAGGCUGGCUCAGACUCAGCAGCUUCACACGCGUCUGACCAAACAGGCCGAAGAGAGGACGGCCUUCCUCAGCAAGAUGCGAGGUUGGUUGCAGGAACAUGAGGAAAUGGUGAAAGGAUCCCAAAGCUGGAUUACUGAAGCUCAGUCCUGGCUGACUGCACCCUGCACCUACACCACAGCUAAAUGCCUGGACGGCCAUGUUAAUGCUUUACAGAUGGUGCUGGACGAUUCAGAGCAGAUCCACCGGACGCUGCAGGGCUUUGAGAGCGUGCUGAAGGAGAUGCAGAAUGUGUGUGAUGUUAGUGGACUGCGGCAGGAGCUGUGUGAAGCAGACCGACGCGUGGCACACAUGCAGCAAAGCCUGCUGGGACCUCUGUCACAGCUGGAGCACGCUGCAGCAGAAGUGGACGCCAUGGAAUCUGAGCUGAAGAUCAUGGAAAAAGACGUUACUGACCUCAGAUCAGUGCUGACCUUAAAGGAGGGCAUCAGCCAGGACAAACUUAAGGCUGCUGAAGGCAGGAUCGAGCUGAUGAAGCGGACGGUAGCUGAACUGCAGAGCUGUAAGGCUGGACUGUGUUUACCUGAAGGGACAGAAAGCACACUGACUGUGUUCAAGAGCGCUGAGUUAUUACUCAACCAGUUACUGGAGCUGGAGCAGCUCGUUCUGGAGCACACUGUGGUCGUAGUGGAAUGUCCUGCGGCAGUGUGUGAGAAACCCACCCUCAGUGUCCCCCCAACCAUCACUGAAGAGGAAGUGCAGGAUGGUGGUCUGGACCAAGGCCUGAUCAAGGUUGUGCAUUUGAAGGAGGAUGUGCUGAGUGGAUCUGGAGCCAUGCUGAUGACCGUAGAGGAGUCCAGUCCAGAGCAGAGGCUCAGCUGGGUCACAGAGAAGAGCAACCAGACUUCAACUCACUCACAGCAGCAAAGGCACGAGGAGGAGGAGGAAGAGGAGGAGGACAUAUUUGUGGAUGUCAGAGAGGAGGAAGAUGAUGAUGAUGAUGAGUAUGUGGAUGCUAGAACAGAAGACGAAGAGUAUGGAAUAUCUUCUUACACUCCAGGCUGUGAAACUUGUACCGUGGAGGACGCAGACAGUGGAGGACCUCCUGAGUCUGCAGAGCAGGACAGAAUGGUAACAGAUCCCAAGGAUGUAGAACCUGCCCCGGAAGCAAGCGCACAGGAGGCUGGACCCAAACCAACGGCGACCGUGCGAACGCAGUCUCCUCCCAAAGAGCUGGCCUCAGCUGAAGCUGGCGUGUUGCGUGUGUGUGUUGAGAAGGCUGCCGUGUUGGAGGUGUGUCUGGAACAAGCGCGGGUCAGUCUGGGUCAGUCAGGUCUGGACAGCAGCAUGCAGCACAGCAUAGAGAGACAACUACAGAACUGUCAGGAGAUGUUUGUGGAGAUUGAGCAGAAAGUGUCCACUGUGUCUGCGCUGGGUAAUAAUGAAGAAGAGCGGCGCGCUCUCAGUGCCAAACUACAGCGACUGAAGAAAAACCUGCUGACGUUCCAGCUACUGCUGCAGGAGAGACACACUGAAGAGCAGGUAUGUGUCAGGAGAGAGCGCCCCCUGCAGGUCCGGCUACAGCGCAGCUGCAGCGUACAAGAGAUUCUGACCUCAACCAAGGGCAAGCUGUUCAGACAGAGCAGCCUGCAGCAGCAGAGGGAGCUGGAGCAGGGUUUGAGCGAGCAGAGAGAACUAACGAAAGCCAUCGCAGCCAGAGGACGACUACACAGCCAAACUACAGAGGAGCAUACAGGGCUCUUUGCUCCAGCAGCAGUAGAGCAGGAUGAGCUGCGACCGGAUGAGGAGCAGUCAGUACAGAGGAAGUGGACUCAUCUCCAUCAGAGACUGACCCAAAGACUGACCCAGAGGGCAGAACAGCAGCAGGAGGAGGAGAACUCAGAGACAGGAGAAUCAGUACAGAUAUCCGUCCCGUCUGUGUGUGUGUGGAGCAGUGCUGAUGGAGCUGUGUGUCUACAGGAGCUACAGUCGCACGUCACACACCUUCGACAGCUCGGACACAGAGCGUCUACAGAACCAGACGUGCGAGCAGUAGAUGAAGGAUUGUUUGAGGUUGUGAGUGGAGUCGGACUCUCUCUCUCCUCUCUCUCUCACACACUCCUCUCCCAGCCUCGACAAUCACUUAAUGAUACAAACAGCCAGCUGCUGCAGCUACAGAGUCUGUCUGCAGAGCUGACCUCUUUAGGUGCUGAAUUGAGCUCUCAGGGGUCAAAGGUCCUGGGGUCUAUAGGCUCAGCAGCGUCAGGAGCGAGUGUGUGUUUGGAUCUGCUGCAGGAGCGUGUGUGUGAGCUCCAGAAUGUUCUCUCAGAGAAACAGAAGCAGCUUCAGAAGCAGCUGGAACACACAGUCCACACACAGAGCAAGAUUAAAAACAUGCAUGAUUCUUUACUCGCUAACAUCUCAGCCCUCCACUCAGCAACUCAGCAAGAACCAGGAUGUGACCUUCAUGCUCAGCUACAGGCUUUUGCCGGGUUGCAGCAGGAGCUCCAGCAGAAGGAGAAAGAGCUGGAGGAGCUGAGAGAGGAAACAAAGAGCACGGAGCGAACAUCAGCCCUCACACUGGAGGUCAACACACUGGAGAACCUGUUGGAGAGUGUGUGGUGUGGUGUGAAGGAGCGCAGCGGUGAUGUCCAGUGCAGGCUGGAGCAGCAGCAACAGUAUGAGAGGCUGAUGAAAAGCCUACAGGACCUGUUGGAGCUGGCCAGAGAAAGACUGACCCGCACUACACACCUACAGCUGGACAACACACAACAGCUGCGCUCACACAUCAGCACACACACGAUGUUUUUUCUGUCUCUGGACGCUCGUCUGCGGGCUCUGCAGCAGCUGAGUGCCUGGAUGCCAAACAGCACCCCCUGUGGGCAGAAGGCUGCAGUGGCAGAGCUGGAAAAGCAGGUGGACGGCCUACAGCAACAGGCUAUGGACACUGUGACUGCACUGCAGGCUGCUCUGCAGUCCUGGACGCAGUGGGAGGAGAGCCAGGCCUGGUUGGAGAGCCUGCUACAGGACCUGGAAACUGAACUUCCCAAGAUGCACCUGGGAGAGCAAACAGAGGAGGAGCUACAGAAGCACCUGUCAGCUUAUGAGGCCGUGCAGGCAGUUCUGGAGGAGAACAGAGUGCGGAUCUCUCUGGUUUUUGACCAGGCCUGCAGGAUACAGAAAGAGGGCGUGGCUUUACCACAGGCAGGCGUGUCUUGUCACGUGUCAGACCUUCCCCUGCGCAGAGUAGGCGUGUCCGUCCUGAGGUUGAAGCAGCGAUUGGCUGCUCUACAGAGGAAGCUAGAGCAAGGACGAGACUCCGCCCACCAGAUAAAAAAACUAUGGAACAGGUAUCACCGUGACUCAGCAGCGCUGAACGAGUGGAUGGACAAAACCAAAGAAUGCCUGCACGACUGGACAGGUCACCUGACCUCACCUAAUCAGGAAGGAGAUAAAGCUCUAACGCACUACAAGGAGUUUAUAGAGCUGAGUAAGGAGCUGGAAGUGAAAUCAGCACUGAAGGCUUCAGUGAUCAGCGCUGGCACUGAGCUCCUACAGCUAAGUGAGAGAGAACAUCAGGACAUUCACUCUGAACCUGCCAACAUGGCGGAGUAUGUUCAUGAGAUCUCCAGUGAUGACUGUGAGUCAGAAGAGAACCUCACUGACGCUGGUGAUAAAGAUCUUUCCUCAAUUAGGAUUAAGACCGCCUCAGAUAUUAUUGCUGUGAUGGACACUGUCCCAGUAGAAGAUGCAUCCAUUGAUGAGGACCAAGAUUCUUUACAUGUUCACUCCUCCCUGCUUGAUGAUCCACCUGAAAAAGCCCUCAGUCCUCAAGAAGUGGAGUUUUCUAAUGAAUCUAAAGCUACAGUCCACGAUCAAACUCCAGUGAACACAUUAGCAUGUGAAGACAUUGGUUCCUCCAGCGUUCCUCAGGGCAGUAGGACCGGCUCAGGUUCCUCCAGGCCCAAAGGGUCAGUGUGUGAACAUGUCUCCUCCACGUCCAUGUGCAGUCCAAUGGCUCUGUCUCCUGCCCUGCUGUCGGUAAAGGCUCAGCUCACUCAGGUAGAACAUGGCUGGACGGAGAUCUUCACAGACAUCUCUUCUGUACAGCAAAGACUGCACCAGUGUGUGGUGGACAGGCUAAGUCCUCAGGGCCUGCUGACCCGUGUUUGUGGCUGGAUCAGUGCAGCGGGACGCAGGGUGGACGAGGCUGAGAGAGCGGCUCGCUCCUCCAGCUCUGCAGCUCAGUUCAGAAAACUCCUCAACGCGUACAAGCUCCUGAAGAGAGAGCAGAUGUGUGAGCAGUGGUCAGUGGACUUCCUAAACCACUCUGUGCUGAAGCAGAGUGACCCCGACUCGCACAGAUAUAAACACACUGCGUUUGCUGAGCAGCUUGGAGAGCUCAACCUCCACUGGCUUACACUGCACACGUGCAUAAGCACACAGUUGCAGCAGAUGGAGCAGCAGUUGAGAGUGUGUGCAGACAGAGAAGGCAAGCUGCGGCUACUGCGCAGCUGGGUCAGAGGUCAGGAGGAGUGGAUGCGACUGGCUGAGAAGCCCGUCAGUCGCUCCCUGGCAGAAAACAGCCUAAAAGACUGCGAGGAACUGGAGGAGAGGCUGAAGACUCGAUCUGCUGAGCUGAGUGAGUUGAGGAAGAGGAGGCUGAGUGAUGAUGAAGAAGAUCAGCAGGAUGCAGACUUUAUCAGACACGUUCAGAGCGUCUCCCAGUCAUUAACAGACCUCUCUCAACAGAACGGGGCUCUGAGAGAGUCUCUGCAGCAGGUGUCCACCCUGUGGUCUCAGUUUGACAGUGGGCGGAGCCAAGCUUUUCUCGGCACCCUGAGGAUCUGCCAAUCACUGAAGCAUUGCUGUGUCUCCCACACCUCCCUCACAGCCUUAGAGAAGAGCACUGACAGGCUACAGGCACUGCAAGCCGAGGCUGAGGAGAUUGACAGGCAGUGGGAGGAGCUUAAUCACACAUUCUCCACUCUCACUGGUGGGAUCCACCCAGGCACCUCUCGGUUAUUAUCAGAGCCGCUGGAGAAAGAGAAAGCACGGUGGGCAGAGGUGAAGCAGAAUCUCACACACACUUCUCAGCAGUUACACACUCUGCUGGAAGCCUGGAAGCAGCACUCAGCUCUGACUGACCCCUGUACACUGAGGCUACAGCAAUAUAGAGACCAGUUCUCUGCCCUGUCAACCGCACCUGACCCUGAGAGCAGCACUGAGACACUUUCAGCCUGCAUACAGCAGCUACAGGAGUUGCUGAACAACACACACUGUCUCCAGACUGACCUGGACAGGGUGCAUGAAGCCUCCAAAGAGCUGAUUGGUCAGAUGGAGCCCACCGCGGCUGUCUUUGUCCAGUCUGAGUGUCGGCUAUUGACGCGUGGUUGCCUCCAGUUUGAGGAGGCUUUAAAAGGGAAGCUAGGAGAGGCACAAGAGGAUCUCAAGCAGCUUCAGGAGUUUGAACAGCUGCUGGAGUCACUAGAAAACAAUUUAGAGGGGUGGAAGAACAACCAGAGUGGACAAACUGAUAAUCAGCACACAGACAUAACGAAGUCGGGUUUGUUAGAGUUGAGUUCUCACACUGCUGACCUUGAGCUGCUAAAUGGACUCAGUUACAGACUGACCCUCAGUGACCCCACAACCCGGAAGUUACAGAGCCUGAACAAGAAGUGGGAUCAGGCCUCUGCUCACGCUCAGGAGAGAUGCAGUGAGCUGCAGGCUGCGUCUCUUCAGCUGCAGGGUUUUGAGCAGAGGUGUGAGAGCUGGAUGGUGUUUCUGCAGCGGAUGGAGGACAGCCUGGCAGGAGAGAUUUCAUCCAGCUACACUCAGCUGAGACAGCAGCUCCGCACACACCAGCGGUUCCAGGCUGAGUUGUCUUUAGGCCAUCAGAUUCUGCACGCCGUCAUCACUGAAGCUCUACACCUGUUACAGAGAGGAGAAGUGGAGGACAGGAGUGAUUUCCUGCUGAAGCUGGCUCAGCUGAGAGAGCACUGGCAGGGUGCAGUGCAGAGAGCGGCUCAGCGGCGCUCUCUAGUGGAGGGGCUGAUACAGCACUGGCACCUUUACACACACACACUCCGCAAACUCCGCAAGCUGCUCACACUCGCGCACACGCUCCUCCCGCCCGCCGGCCCCACACACUGCAGCGUCCUGCAGCUGCGCCUCUCACUGCAGGACAUGAAGCAUACUGAGCUGCUCUUCCACAGGUCAGUCUCUGGUUAUCUGCUCCUGCUGGACGUGGGCCGGCAGCUCUUCUCUGUGAGUGAUGAGGUCACUCAGGUCCGGCUGCAGACUGACCUCGCCGCCCUGCAGGAUGACUGGGAGCGCUCCCAGAGCAUGCUGGGAAAGAGGAGGAGCCUCACCUCUGACAUUAUCAAGAACUGGGAGAGCUGUGUAGCCGGACUAGCAGAUCACGCUCAGCGACUAGAGGAGCUGAAGGCCAGACUAAAGCAGCCGAUCCAAGAGACAGAGGAAGAGCAUCAAUUCAUUAAGGAGAUUCAGGACUCUCUGGACGACUGGGCAGUGAGUCUGUCCGAACUGGGCACCAUGAAGACGGACCUGUCCCAGUACAUCAUCACCGAGGACGUCCUGCUGCUGCAGGAACAGGUGGACCAUCUGCACUGCCAGUGGGAGGAGCUCUGCCUAAAAGUAUCUCUACGUAAACAGGAGAUCGCUGACCGGCUGAACGCCUGGAUCAUCUUUAAUGAGAAGAAUAGGGAGCUGUGUGAAUGGCUCACUCACAUGGAAAACAAAGUGGCUCACAGUGCUGAGCUCAGCAUUGAGGAGAUGGUGGAGAAGCUGAAGAAGGACUGCAUGGAGGAGAUUAACUUGUUCAGUGAGAAUAAGACUCAUCUGAAGCAGCUGGGAGAGCAGCUCAUCAGCGCCAGCAAUAAGACCAAGGAGACCGAGGUCAACGACAAGAUCAAGGACAUUAGUGACCGCUGGCAGCACCUGUUUGACCACAUCGAGGCCAGGGUGAGGAAGCUGAAGGAGACGCUGGUGAUGGUGCAGCAGUUGGAUAAAAACAUGAGCAACCUCCGGACGUGGCUGUCCCGGAUAGAGGGGGAACUUUCCAAACCCGUCGUCUACAGCGCCUGCCACGGCGACGAAAUCCAGCGCAAACUGGCUGAACAACAGGAGCUGCAGAGGGACAUUGAGCAGCACACGGAGGGCGUGGCCUCAGUGCUGACGCUGUGUGACGUGUUACUGCAUGACGCCGAUGCGUGCGGCAGUGAUGUAGAGAACGACUCCAUCCAGCAGACCACCCGCAGCCUGGACCGCCGCUGGAGGAACAUCUGCGCCAUGUCCAUGGAGAGGAGGAUGAGGAUUGAGGAGACGUGGCGUCUGUGGUCUAAGUUUCUGGAGGACUACUCUCGCUUUGAAGACUGGCUGACCACAGCGGAGCAGACAGCGGCUAACCCGGCCAGCACUGAUGUCCUCUAUACCUGUGCCAAAGAGGAACUCAAGAAGUUUGAGGCGUUUCAGCGGCAGGUUCAUGAGCGGCUCACGCAGCUGGAGCUGGUGAAUAAACAGUACCGGCGUCUGGCCCGAGAGAACCGCACCGACACCUCCAACAAACUGAAGACGAUGGUGAACGAGGGGAACCAGCGGUGGGACGCCCUGCAGAGGAGAGUGACCGCCGUGCUCCGCAGGCUAAAGCACUUCACGUCCCAGCGGGAGGACUUUGAGGGGACGCGGGAGGCCAUCCUGGUAUGGCUGACCGAGAUGGACCUACAGCUUACUAACGUCGAGCACUUCUCUGAGAGCGACAUCCACGACAAGAUGAGGCAACUCAACGCGUUUCAGCAGGAGAUCACUCUGAACACCAAUAAGAUCGACGCUCUGAUCGUGUUUGGGGAGAAUCUGAUCCAGAAGAGUUCUCCGCUGGACGCUGUGCUGAUAGAGGACGAGCUGGAGGAGCUGCACUCUUACUGUCAGGAGGUGUUCGGCAGGGUGGCCCGAUUUCACCACCGCCUCAUCAACAGACGACCGGUCCUGGAUGAUGAGCAUGAUUUCUCCGACAGAGAUACUGAUGUGGAGGACUCGUUGGAGUUGGGGGCAGUGUGGGCAGAAGAAGAGGACGAGGUGGACGCUGGGAUGUCCACCCCUGUCCAGCAGUCAGUGCAUCACUUCUUCCCCCCUCAGCUGGAGCGAUCAGGACGCGAGACGCCGGUCAGCGUGGACUCUAUACCGCUCGAGUGGGAUCACACUGUGGACGUGGGCGGAUCUUCGUCGCCUGAGGACGAGGAAGAGGAGGAGGCCACGUACUACAGCGCACUCUCAGAUGUAGAGGUCACUGAGAGCUCUGAGUCCUUUAUUAAAGCCACAGCUCAGGCUCUAAGCGCUGCAGCCGUAGGGAGGUCGAUGACAGAGCCCCCCAGCUGGCAUUCUCCGCCCCCAUCGGAGAGGAAGCGGAUUGUCCACAGCCUGACCUCGUCCCCUAUAAACACCAGUGCUUCCUACCAUCCGCAGGGCUAUGCUAAGCUGAUGUCUGAGUGCACUGAGAGCAUAGAUAAUGUGAAGCGGGUCAAGCUAAUCCUGAGUGAUGACGAGCUGCUGGAGGACCAGGGCCUGACCACACUGUCCACUGCAGACAAACAGACAGGUGUGAUUGAGCGCUGGGAGCUGCUGCAGGCCCGGGAGUUUGCUGACCUGCAGCAAAGGCACAAGCUGACCUCUGACCUCAGAGAGGUCACGGCCUGGCUGGAGGGAGCACUGUCCGAACUGGAGGCGUUGCGGAGAACAGAAGUGUCCAGCAGCAUCAGAGAUAUGGAGAGCAGCAUCCACAAACUCAAGGAGAUGCAGAGGACGUUCAGCAUCUACAAGGCUCUGAUGAUCGGCAUGAACCUGAGUGGGCAGGACAUCCAGCGAGGAGAGAGGGCGGAGCUUCAGGAGCUGAGGGAGGGGCUGCAGGUGGUCAAUCAGAAAUGGACUCAUGCCUGCGCUGCUCUGGAUGGCUGGGAAUACCAGCUGCAUCAUGUGCUCCUGCAGUGUCAGGAGUUCCAUGAGACGCUGCACUCACUGCUGCUGUGGUUGGCUCGGGCUGAGAGCCAGCGCUACAUGGUCAACAUCCAUGACCGCAACGUCGACGUCAACGUACUGCAGGAGCACAGAGACACUCUAAAGGCUCUCCAGGAGGAGCUGCGAGGUCGGGAGCAGGAGGUUCUCUCUCUGCAGGAACUCUCCACUCACAUCCUGCAGCUGGACCAAGGCGAGGACAGCCUGGAGGCUAAAGAGAAGGUGCACGUCAUCAGCAACAAGCUCCGCCUCCUCCUCCGACAGGUGGCCCAUGACCUGAGCUUGCUGCAGGCUGUUCUGCGGCUGUGCAAGCAGACACAAACAGGACUCGUAAAAUCUGCUGAUUACACUGUACUGCCCAAAACCUCUUUCUUAACCAAACACUCUUUCUGUCUAUCCCCAUCCAGGUCAGAGAAGAUGGAGGUGUCCCCCAGCAGACCUUUCCUGUACCGGGUGCUGCGGGCGGCGAUCCCCCUGCACUUGCUCUUCCUGCUGCUGCUGGUGCUGGCCUGCCUGGUGCCUCUGUCUGAGGACGACUACAGCUGCGCUCUCUCCAACAACUUUGCCCGCUCCUUCUACCCCAUGCUGCGCUACACCAACGGACCUCCUCCUACAUGAGAACCAAAACACCUCCCUUUACUGCUACUGAAUGGAUUCGUCCAUCAAUACUGGAGACAGGAAGAGGAAAGUACCAAGUACUCUCAAAAAGGAGGUUCUGAUUUCAGACCACCUUCUACCAAAUAUCUCCAGUCCUGGAAUCUUCGGCUUUGUUUAUUUAACGUUGAUGGACUUUUCUGGGUUCCAGCAUUCAGACUCUCCAAAGGCUGUGACAGUCAUAGUUUGGGGAUUUUUCCUAAACUCUCCACGCAAAAGAAGAAGAGUUAAUGUUAAAUGGUCAGUAUUGGAUACCAUAACAACAAAGGCUAGCACAAUGCUACAAGAGAAGAUUUUAAGCUACUGUUAAGUCACAGAUGACUCACCGAACCAGCACAGUCCCAGAACACGUCAUUGUUUAUAACUUUUUAAAGAAAUAUCUGCAGCACCGGACUCACUGGAAAGCUGGACGGUCCAUUUUUGUACAUAUCGAUCGGUUGCAUUGUGUUGUUUGACCUAGAGACUCGUACUCUGUGUGGAAUUAUGAAGUUUUUUUUUUUAAUCUGUAGCAAUUUCAACUGCCGUACGGCUGGACACAGCCAUGAAGAGAGGGAAUAAGAGGUGAGGACGAGUGCAGAUAUGAUACGUUCAGGCCUUAUCCUCUUAUUUCAGGCUGGGCGCCACGUUUUCAGUUUGUGCGUCAGAGUUUAAAUCAUGUAAAUCUACUCACUGGUGCAAGACUAAGUCUAAGUUAUUAUUAAUAGUUAUUAUAUCAGAAAAAUGGUACGUUAUUGAUUGUGUUUUUUUUUUUAGAUGUGAACCACCUCAUGAACCUGGUUUGUAACUCACUCACUCACAUUUAGCAGGCUGAGGAUUCUCCUCAAGGGGGCACUAGUAGCUCUUGGUGCCUCAUAAAAGUGGUGCAUUGCACCUGUGACACUUUGUGCCCUUGUUCUAUGAGCUGUGUUUAUGUUCUCACUUGGUUUUCCUGCGACCAGUUCAGUCCAGACGUUAGUUACGGAAGUUUUUCUCCCGCUGGCCUCACAGCCAGGUCACAGUGAACUGCAUGAAUGUACUUGGGUAUAAAUAUUUAUGCCAAAAAAGAGAAUGUAUGCAUUGCUCCCAGAGUAGGACUGUUCCUAAUAACACAGCAGGAUUUAGCGCCCUAAAAGAAGUAAAAAAGCGCAAAAAAUAGUUUGCAAAAUGGGAUAAUUUGGGCAUGCAGUUAGCACAAUGCUAACAGUUUAGGUAUUAGCUUCCAUUACUUCUCUGGUGUGAAGCUAAGGAAGCAGAACUAUUUCACUGAAGGUUCAAAGAAGUGCCAGCAGCAAAAAUUCAGACAGAUUAAAUGGUCUGUGGACGACUGAAAUAGGUCCAUCUUAUGAGCGAAAUGACUUAUGAAGUUACAGAAAGGUUGGCGCUAGCUAAAAACAUAUUUAUUUAUUUAUUUAUUAAUUGACAUCGCCUCCUGUCAACGCGUUUGAGCGAGCCAUGCACUGCCAACUAGAGCCAUAGUACAGACAACGAGCAUUAAGAAUAAGAGUGUGUACAGUUUGUGUUUUAUUUUUAUGUAUUUAUGGGAUGAUGUAUAGUUAAAAGCCAAUUUUUACUUAUACAUAAAUAAAUAAACAAAUAAAUAAAGCUGUUUGCCAAGAGAA